GAAAAUCUCAUCUAAAACUCUCUCCUCCCUCAAAUUCUCUACUAAUUAGAGAAGAAGAUUUUGGGAUCCCUCCUUCUGCCCCCUGCUUCUUCUUCUCCUUUUUAUUAUAGUCAUUUAGUUAAUUUUGAUGGCUCAGCUAGCAGCAUUAUUAGUGUCAUUAUUAACACUUGUUCUAUCAAUAUCAGGAGUAAUUUCAACGACCUUCACAAUAAUAAACAAGUGCGAAUACACAGUAUGGCCGGGCAUUCUAUCCAACGCCGGUGUACCGCCACUGUCCACAACCGGCUUCGCGCUCCAAAAGGGCGAGUCGAAAACUAUCACCCCACCGACCUCCUGGGGCGGUCGCUUCUGGGGCCGAACCCACUGCUCCCAAGACUCCACGGGCAAGUUCUCCUGCGUCACAGGUGAUUGCGGCUCCGGAAAAGUCGAGUGCUCAGGGAAUGGCGGCGCGCUGCCGGCGACCUUGGCCGAGUUCACCCUCAACGGCGCUGGUGGGUUCGACUUCUUCGAUAUCAGCUUGGUCGACGGGUACAACCUCCCUAUGAUGGUCGUGCCUCAAGGUGGGACCGGUCAGAAUUGCACAACCGUUGGCUGCGUGACCGACCUCAACGACUCUUGCCCCUCGGAGCUCCAGGUCACUAGCGCCGACGCCGACGGAAACGUGGCCUGCAAGAGCGCGUGCGAGGCCUUUGGACAGCCACAGUACUGUUGCAGCGGCGCGUAUGGUUCACCUAACACAUGCAAGCCUUCUUCGUACUCUCAGAUCUUCAAGAAGGGGUGCCCGCAGGCUUACAGCUACGCCUACGACGAUAAGACGAGCACUUUCACAUGCGCAUCCGCGGAUUAUACAAUUAGUUUCUGCCCUACCCCUAAGACCAGCCAAAAAGCUUCGCAGGGUACGACGUCGCAGGCGACACCAACUUCAACUGCAACAACCUCACCGUCCAUCUACGGGACGUUGAUCUACGAGGGUUCCGGCGACGAAAGUAACGCAUCACCGUCCACGCGUGCCCACGUGUUCGGAUUCCAUUCUACUGUGGGUGUAGUCAGCAUCGCGGUGGCAAUUUGGCGGUUGUGGCAGCUCCCCUAACUUUUCUGAUAACAUGUUCGAGUUAGGCCCAAAAUCAUCCAAAAUUGCCAACCCAACAUCUAGCCGAGCUAUGGGCCUGUCGGCCCCACACUUUUUGGGUAGCAUGGGCCAUGUGACAUAGAUGGGGUCCACAAGGUUGGCCAUGGUGACGGGGAUACGAGUCAUGAUGGUAGCAUCUAGUACGGGCAUUCAAUGUGAAAGGGAGUGUUUUACUCAAAAAUUUAAAAAAAAAAAAAAAAAAAAAUGUAAAAGGGAGUGAAAAGAAUAGAAUAAGGAAUUCUUUGAAUUAUUGAGUCCAAUUUUUUUUUAUAAACGAAGAGAAGGGAUGGGAGAUUCAUUUGUUUGUUUAAGAUACAGUGUCAAUUAUUUUAAUGUAACCACCACAUUUGGUGCAAAAGAAUAUGUCUUUGUUUUUGA